CCCAGCAUGCUUAAAUAAAAACACGAACAUUAGCCUAAAGAAUGUGCUGUACUUCGUAAUUGCAGUUUUCUUAGUUGUUUACUUUUAGGGCAUUGUCUGAAUUAUGACAUUGCCACGAGGUUUACAAGGCAUUUAUUGAGAGAUAUUUACAUUUAUCAAUAGAUACCAAUAGAGGCACCACCAUGAAAUUCAGCCCAUGUUAAAAGUUUUGCUAUCAAAACAUGGGCAGCUCUUCCUCGAAAUUCCGCAAGCAUCUUCAGACUGGGGAUGAAGUGGCAGCCCUUAAGGUCUACAAUGACCACAGUGACCUCCGUAAGGGGCUGGACCCUAAUUCUUCCUACGGGGACAACCACCAGCAUGAGACACCCCUGCAUCUGGCAGCAAGGCAUGGCAUGAAGAGUUUGCUGAGGAUAUUUCUUUUUGAACAUGGCGGAAACCCUAACAAGACCAAUGGCAAAAAGGAGACAGCACUUCACUGCGUGUGCAUGGAAAAACACCACCAGUACUUUCCCGUGCAGCGGCGCAGGCUAGAGUGCCUUAGCAUGAUCCUCCAGUGGAAAGGGGCGGAGCUAAAAGACGGUGUGGUCGAGAAAGUGGAUUUGUCCGCCCUUGACGAGUCUAACAACACUGCCUUGCACUACGCAGCCGAGAGCGGGCUGAAGGCGUGUGUAGAGCAGCUGGUGAACCACUCGUGCCCGUUGUUUAUCGAGAACAAGGACAAUCAGACACCCUGCGACAGCGCAGAGAGCAGCGGCUUCAACGAUAUAGCUCUUUACUUGGAGUCCAAAAUGGUCUUCUCAAACGAUGGAGCAGGUGGUGACAUUGAUGAGGUGCCCCCGGAGAUCGACUCGGAGGAGUAUAGUGGCCUGCGCGCGCAGGACCUCCAGGAGGCCAAGGACCAGCUGCUUGUGGAGACCGCAGACAUGCUCAGUAUACCGCUGUUCACAGCCGAGGCACUUCUGCGUAACCAUGAAUGGUCGAGGGAGAUGCUGCUGGAUGCCUGGAUGGCUGACCCGGUCUCCUGCUGCGAGAAGAGCGGAGUGACUGCCCCUGCAAGCCUCUUCAGUGACAAACCAAUUGUUGCUGAGUCAUUGAGUUCACCAACUGUAUCCCACCCACCUUGUUCACUAGCUGAGUGUGACAUCUGCACGCAGACGUUCCAGCUGAGCCAGGAACCAGUGCACAUGUCCUGUCAUCAGUUCUGCAGGGAAUGCUGGGAAGGCUACUUGAAUGUGAAGAUCAAGGAGGGCGGAGUGCAUGACAUCACCUGUCCAGGGUAUGGUUGUAACAUCCUGGUGCCUGUCGAGGUGAUUGAGAGUGUGGUCUCAAGGGAUAUGGCUAGGCGAUACCUGCAGUUUGACAUCAAGGCAUUCGUUGACAGCAACCCGAACAUCAAGUGGUGCCCAUUUCCUGGCUGUGGUCGGGCAGUGCGGCUUCCAGAGGUGAUACAGGGAGGGGCUGGGGGAUCAAGAAACUCGCCCGGUCACAAGAUCCCGGCAGACACCUCCAGAGCUGUCGACUGCGGGAAUGGCCACUACUUCUGUUGGGAAUGUUCAGGGGAGGCCCAUGAGCCUUGUAGCUGUGACAGCCUGCGCAGGUGGCUGGCUGAGGUCGCAGAGAUCAAACCAGAAACUUUACACAACACGGAGCAGGAGACCGAGACUGCUGCCAACUGCCUGUGGCUUGUGACCAACUCCAAGUUAUGCCCACAGUGCAAGUCACCCAUACAGAAGAACGAGGGGUGCAACCACAUGAAGUGCUCCAAGUGCAAGCAUGACUUCUGCUGGGUGUGUUUGGACCAAUGGAAACGUCACAACUCCUCUACAGGUGGCUACUUCAAGUGCAAUCGUUACGAGGUCUCCAAGAAAGUGGAAGACACCACUAAAAUGUCCAUCACAGAGGCUGAGUCAAAGAACAGCAAGAUGCAGGAGCUGAAUAAGUUUGUGCACUACUACACGCGCUACAAGAACCACGAGAACAGCUACAAGUUUGAAGAACCGCUGAUGAAAACAGCGAAAGAAAAAAUGUUAAAGCUGGCAGAAGCUGUCAAUGACCUUGCCACAGCCAAGGAUGAGACCAAGUUUGUUGAGGAGGCCGUUCACAAACUACUCAAGUCCCGACGGGUCCUCAAGUACUCCUAUGUGUAUGGCUACUAUUUGGACGGCCCUGCUUAUCGCAAAAUAGUCUUCGAAUUCAUGCAGACGGAGCUGGAGGAAUGUACAGAGAUCCUUUCCCAGAUGGUGAACCGGUUGUACCUGAGGACGCCUCGCAAGAAGAUAAUAGAGCAGGCCCAGCUUUGUCACAGGAAGCGCCAUGAUUUUCUCACUGCAAUAUCCAAGGGUCUUGUUCCACCAGAAACACCGCCGGGCUUGCGGAAAAAGCGACGGAGGUACAGCAUGGAUGUAGAUGAUGAGGAUAUGAGGAAGGCAAUUCUGGCUUCUAUCGAAGACUUUGAUCCAGAAAACCCCUGGAUAGUGGAUGCCUCUGGUCGGCACACUAACAUAGCGGCCAUCUUGGAUUGGCCUAGCGAUGACUCAGAUGAUGAGACUCCAUCAAGGGCAAACAAAGCCAUGUCCAUGAUGGACCCAAUGCCUGAGAUGUGCACGCGUGAAUGCUGUGCCAGACCCUGCGCCAAGAACCCCCGCACGGGCGAGUACCACAAGUUUUGUAGUCUUCGGUGCUCUCGUAUGCACAAGCAGCGCCUGGACGACGAACCGUUGCCGAGCAUGUCUGAGAUGCACAUGGAUGAGAGAAUGGACAUACUGCGGGCGCUGGAGAUGUCUCGCAUACAGUUCCUCCAGGACCAGGGCAUACUCAGCCAGGCUGAGAGAUCUGAAGAACCCUCAAGUAGCAGCAAUAACAGGCAGGCAUCAAGGGAGGCAACUUACACGCCAAGUGAAACCCUCGAUAUAGAGAUAAGACGUUUGCUGGAGUUGACCUCCCUUUUGGAUGACAAUGAGGAGACUGACCUGAAGACCAGUCUAGACCAGUCUGGAGCAGAUGAUAAUGACAGGCCAUUCAGUCUGAGUAGAUUCGGUGAGAACCAGUCCACAGUUGUGAGCAGGGUACCAAACAAGAGCGUGGAAGACUUGUACCAUCCAGAUUGCUCAAGUUGUCAGGCAGCGACCAGUCUAUCACCAUUGGUUACCAACAAGUACCUGCAUACCGGGGAACCAGACUUGCCAAGCUCCGAAUGCCCGCCGUUCGAUGAUCUUGAAGUGCUGGGUGCUUGUGGUGGCAUCUCAGUUUCUAGUAUUGGUGAGGAAAGUGAAAACCAGUCUGUGGACGAUUUCAGUUUGGGCGGUCCAAUUUUGCAGAAACUCUUAAAUAUGGACGCGAUUGACAAGUCCAAUGGUGAACCGAUAGCCUCUUGUAGAAGUUUUGGUCCCAUUAAAGAUAUUUCUGUUUCAAAUAUUCAUAUUGAUGAGGAUGAUAAAACGAAGAAUUUCAUGAAGAAAGACUUCAGUAAUUUGUCGAGGAGCAAGCCAAAGGUCGUGGAACACGGAAACGGACGUCUGUUUUCUGCCAACACCCCGGGUGAAGAUGAGAAAGUGUUUACUCUCCUUAGCCCAGAGUCGGACUUUUCUGAGUCAAGCUCUAGUGAAGUUUGGGGCUACAGACCCCAACUUGUGCAUGAGCCGAAACACAUGCAUACGCCGGAGACCGAUUCCAGCGUCGAAGGUUGCUCAUGUGCCGAUCUGCCUAAUCAAAACAGCUAUUACAGACACGAUGACACUCUGAGUGAAACAAGCCCUUUGACUGGUGAGGAGGAAAAUAAACUGUUGAAUCUGAUUGGUCAGUCUGAACACGCCUCCACCAAUCAGCGAUCGUUUAUCGAACUGACUGAGACCAUGUUAAAAAUGACUCUAGACAUGCAGAAUGAGUUAGAAUUGGAUUCAUAUACUCAAGUACCGCCUGCUCAAUUUUCAAAAGGGUCAGAGGUUAUGACUUUUCCAGAUGACAUCAUAUCUAUAAAUAGACAAGUCAGUUUGGCAUCUCUUACGGGCAUAUGCAGUGAAGCAGAAAAAACAGACGACAAACAAGCGGCUGGUCAUGGUUGCUCCAAGGAGAAUGUCUGUGAAUAUGUCAAUGGAGAAACUCAACAAAAUGAAAAAAUGGUAGAUAUUGAAGUUACUCUAGAAAGUGAGGAAAAUGAAAAUGCUGAUGGAAUAACUCUAGAAAGUGAUCAUUUAAGUAGAGUUUUGACAGAUUGUGAAGUAAUAGAUCUUGAAUCCCCAGAUGCCUUAAUGAAUGUUGACCCAAUAACCAUGUACAAAGAGGAAGAGGAAAAUUUCUUGCAAAAUUCAGGAGAUAUUUCUCUACUUGAAACUGUUGACGAAGGAACCACUGUUGCUGAAAGUCGGUCAACGUAUGUUUAAUGAGCUUCUCGAUGGUUUUAAGUAAACUAAAUGUCAAUGGUUGAGUGAAUAACUUUCAGUAACUUAAUAUUGAGUUUGUCAAUGUACAACAGUUACAAACUCAGUUGUCGAUAAUCAUGAUGGGCACUUUAUCACCAUGUUAUGUUGGAAAAGCAUCCAAAAGAAAUUAGUAAUACUUAUUUUAAUUUUUAUGGUUAUUUAAGGAUUAUUUUAACUGAUUUUUCAUUUACACUUGAUAUAUCUAGGGUGUUAUAGACCCAUGUUUUAUUGAAAUUUAAAAAAAAAACAUUAUGUACAAACAUUUUUAUGCCCCCGGUAGGGUGGCAUAUAGCAGUUGAACUGUCCGUCAGUCUGUCCGUCCAUCCUUCCAUCUGAAAACAUUAACAUUGCCCAUAACUUUUGCAAUAUUGAAGAUAGCAACUUGAUAUUUGGCAUGCAUGUGUAUCUCAUGGAGCUGCACAGUUUGAGAGGUGCAAAGUCAAGGUUAAUGUAAUCCUUUAAGGUCAAUGGUCAAAAAUAAAAAUUCAAGGGAAGUAACAAGCUUUAAAGGGAGAUAAUUUCUAUUUAUCAUUUGGCAGGUUCAGAUCAUUUUCACAAGGGAAGUAAUAUUUUAUAUUACCACCCUUGUGAAAAUUAUCUGUACCUGCCAAAUGAUAUAAUUCAAAGGGAUAUAUUUAAAAAGAUAUAUAUAGAUCAAAGUGGCGCAGUAGGGGGCGAUGUGUUUCUGACAAACACGUCUCUUGUUAACACCAGUACAUGUGUAGAUAUUUCAUGAAAGUGAUCAGUAUUUAAAAAUCUUAAUCUGAACAAGUUGUCAUUUUGUUGUUAUUGAUCUAUUUGCAAUGAUGAGCUUUGGAAUAUUUGAUUCUUGUUCUGAUAAAACUGGGCAUAAUACAUGUGCGUAAAGUGUCGUCCCAGAUUAGCCUGUGCAGUCCGCACAGGCUAAUCAGGGACGACACUUUCCGCCUAAACUUGAUUUUCUGUAAGGAGGGACUUCCUUGAAACUAAAAAUACCAUUAAAGCGGAAAGUGUCGUCCCUGAUUAGCCUGUACGGACUGCACAGGCUAAUCUUGGACGACACUUUAUGCACAUGAAUUAAGCCCAGUUUUCUGAGAACAAGACACAUUUGAUUCUUGCUUUUAUAUUUAGGCAUGGUUUUGUGUUUCUUAAAAAUGAAGUGUUUUUUUUUAAUAGCAUUUACAUUUUAAAGAACACCAUUGGUGUAGCUACUGUACCUGAUCAUAAGUGUUAUUUGAACAUUGACUGCAAAACUUUAGUUUCUGUAUCAAAUAAAGAAAGAAUUUUAACCCUUUGCAUGCUGGGAAAUUUGUUGUCUGGUAAAAUGUCGUCUGCUGAAUUUCUAAAAUUAGCAUUUUCUUCGAUUUUUUUUCCGAUACUAUCAGAAUAGCAAACAGUUUGGAUCCAUUCUGUGGCAUCUCAUCGGGAUCCACACUGUUUGCAAAGGCCUACAAAAUGCGGUUCCAGCACUGAAAGAGUUAAAUAGUAACAACUAAUAUCGUGAACUUAUAUUACAUAUGAGAAUAUGUGCCAUUUAAUGCAGGAUUAUAAGACAUAAUGGUUAUUGCGAGAAAUGUAAUUUCACAUAAAUGUGACAUGUUAACUCUUUCAGUGCUGGAACCGAAUUUUGAAGACCUUUGCAAACAGUUUGGAUCCAGAUGAGACGCCACUGAACGUGGCAUCUCAUCAGGAUCCAAACUGUUUGCUAUUUUGAUAGUAUUCUUUGAAAAAAAUCUAAGAAAUGCUAAUUUUACAAAGUCAGCAGACAACAUUUUAGCAGAAGACAAAUUUCCCAGCAUGCAAAGGGUUAAGCGUGUUCUAUAGAUGGAUUUCCUAUAUAUGUAUAUAGGUUUAGGGUAAGGAUGAGGUAAAUUUCUAAGAAAAAAUAUUUUUAAUUAUACCCCCACAAACAAAGUUUAGGGGGGUAUAUAGGAGUGAGCUUGUCUGUCGGUCUGUAUUAAUUGUCCACUCUCUAAUUCAAGUUGUUUUCAUCCGAUCUUCACCAAACUUGUCAGAUGUUGUAUCUAGAUGAUGUCUAGGUAAAAAACUAGUUAACUGGGUCACUUAGUGCGUUCUAAACAUUGAGCAUGGUGUCCGCUCUCUAAUUCAAGUAGUUUUGAUCCGAGCUUCACCAAACUUGGUCAGAAGUUGUAUCUAGAUGAUGUCUAAGCCAAUUUCGAACAUGGGUCAUGGCAGGUAAAAAACUAGGUUACCGGGUCAGUUAGUGCGUUUUAAACAUUGCGCAUGGUAUCCGCUCUCUAAUUCAAGUAGUUUUCAUCCAAUCUUCACCACGCUUGGUCAGAAGUUUUAUCUAGAUGAUGUGUAGAUCAAGUUGAACAUGGGCCAUGCCGGGUCAAAAACUACAAAAACUAGGUCACGGGGUCACUUAGUGCGUUUUAAACAUUGAGCAUAGUGUCUGCUGUUUUUUGUGAGGACAACAUGCAAAAUAUUCUGUGUCAAUGCGGCAUGUGGGGGAUUUAGUCACGUCUGUGACAAAGCUCUAGUUGAAAUUUAUUCUUAUGUAAAUACAUGUGUAUAUUCAUAUUGUAAUAUAUUCCCAUAUUCAUAAGAAUGUAUUUUAAUUAAACAUAUUUUAUCUUAGAAAUUAACUGGACAUUCCCUGACCCAUAGGUACUGCGCUUAAAGUAGGGAUCACCUAUAAUGGCCAUCACUAUAUUGACAUUUGCAUAAACUUUACAUUACGUUUCAAGGAUUGCAUACAUGUAUGUGAUAAGACCUUAAAUGAGCCUCCCUAUGUGAGAAGGGGAUUUAAUGCAUGUGCGUUAGUGUCGUCCCUGAUUAGCCUGUGCGGACAUUUUCCGCCUUAACUAGAUUUUUGCAAAGAAGAGACUUUUGUAAAACAAAAAUAUAAUUAAAGCGGAAAGUGAUGUCCCUGAUUAGCCUGUGCAGACUGUACAGGCUAAUCUGGGACAACACUUUAUGAUAAUCAACAGCUCCAAGAGAAUUGAUCUCCAAUCUGUGAUUGUACUUCUGGCAGCAAGAUAAUCAACAGCUCCAAGUGCUUGUUCUAUCCCGAAAACGGUUAUAAGGGUGUCUCAAUUAGUCUCAAUUAUCUCAAGGCUUGGGGAUUUGAGGCAUUUCAGCUAACAUGAAAAGGUUUAACUCCCAAAGGUUUAAACCUAAGAUCUGUCCAAUGACCACAAAUUCUGAUGUAUUGCUCCUUUCUAGAAAAUGAAAGUGUUUGUAUUAUCUGUGGACUUUUCAAUCAGUUGUGUUUGACAUUUUUAUUUUUACCCUUUCCCACUUGGAAGCAAAGUAAAAAUAGCUUUUGCAACCAGCAUAAAACCAGAACAGCCUGCAAGUAACUUGCAGUCUUUCAGGUUAUAUGCUGUGUGCUACGCAUCAGUAUCUAAGGGUUGAAAAUGAAGCCUUAAAAACUUGAAUCUAGUAAGAAAGAUCUUUAAUUUAAUUUGAUUUUCUUGGCCCUGAUAUUGGUUCAACGGAAUGGGAAUACAUGUAUGCUAGAUGUCUCCGUAUUGUUUGGGGAAUAAAGUGCAAUGUCUUUUGUUGUUAUGUGUGGUAAGAAUUCAAACAUGGAAUGAAUCUGAAAUGUCUUGUUUAUUCAUGUUGUUAAUGUAGCUGUUUUUAUAUUUUGUUAAUAAUGAUUAUACCAUUUACAUUAUUCUAUAACUAUGUCAUUUUCAGAUUUCAGUUCCAAAGGGACAUUUUCAUUAAGUUUGAAUGUAUUGAGGCAAAAUACAAAAAUAGGAUACUAAAUCCCUUUGUUAAUUCAUCAAGAUAAAAUGUAUGGGGAAUAAUACAUGUUGUAAGUUUCACUUGAAAUAUUGUUUCAUAUAUUCUGUUUGGUUUUUAAGUAUGUGUGAUGUAUCGACUGUAUCAAUAUUGUUUUUCCCACAUUAUUUGUAUGUGCCCAUUGCUUAUGGAACCAUUACAACUUGUUGUGUACCUUUUUUGUUCAGUGGUACAAUCAUGUGGUCAAGUAAAGACGAAAAUAUUUAACAAUAAAAAUUGCAUUCUAUGUUUGAUGUUGUAUCAUAACUUUUAUGCAUUUUAAUUUGUUAAGUAUUGUUGUUUGUUUAUAUGUUCUGACAUUUUAUAUAUGCACAUAGUAUGAUGAAACAACUGGCAGAUGAAUAUUAACUACACAUUAAACAAGUUAUUUAUUUGUGUAGUGAAAGUCUCAACUCAUAUUUGUGGAUGUGUUCAUUUGUUCUUCUUGAAUGGACAUACUAUGAACUCUACUUGUAACAAUAUAGCAUGUAGUGUUAGAUUGCAAUUAACAAUGCAGAGUCAAAGUGCCUGGCCAGAUUCCAGUAUAUUUCACUUCAACCAGUAUAUUCCCUUCAGAUAUUUUGAGCUCAGACAUGCAUAUGCCCUCCAGCACAAUUGCCCACCGGGACAUUUACAAACCCGCAAAUUCACCUUUAUAUCAGGUGUUAGACUCUUGGUUAAAUGCGCAUUUUCACUCUCAUCGUGAUUGUUUUGAACUAUAUUAAAUAUUAUAUUUAUGUUGCAGCCUAUAAUUAUAUUCAACUUUUUUGAUGGUAUAAAGGUGUAAACCGUUGAACAUAGUAUUUAGUAAAUUUAUAAAUGCCGUAAAAAUCUUGUGGAUGUUCACUUUUUUUACUUUUGGUGGUCUACUCUAUAUCCCUUUGCAUGCUGGGAAAUUUGUCUUCUGCUAAAAUGUCGUCUGCUGAAUUUAUAAAAUAAGCAUUUUCUUCGAUUUUUUUCAAAGAAUACUAUCAGAAUAGCAAACAGUUUGGAUCCUGAUGAGACGCCACGUUCUGUGGCGUCUCAUCUGGAUCCAAACUGUUUGCAAAGGCCUUUAAAAUUCAGCUCCAGCGCUUUAAGGGUUAAAAAACGCAAUUUUGACGGCGUGUUAAGAGUCUGAAACUUAAUUUAUGUACAAAAUACACUGUUUAAAAGUCCGAAUAAUUUUCUGCAGAUUUGUUCAUAGCAUGCAAAAACACAAAUGUUGAUUCUGCAACAAAUACAAGUAUAAGUGUCAGUAAACUUGUAUGUUAUUAAUUUCAUCAAAGGAAACAACAGAAGAUUUAUGGUCCAUUUAAAGAUAGUUAAUUAAUUUUAUUAAGUAUUGUUAGUUCAUAUUCAUGUGUCGGUUUAAGAUAGAGUAAACAAAAUAUUUAUAUUAAAAUCUUAUAUCCUUGCUUGAAGAAACUACCAAGUAAAUGCCCUUCGAUGCAAUAAAUGUUGCCUUUUUAGCAAAAUAUGGGUACAUGUUCUAUUAAAAAAUCAAGUUUGAACAAGAUUAAUAUUCUAAAUAUGGUGUUCAACAUACAGCCGGCAUAACAUUUUGUAUAGCUGCUUUUGUUUAUUCAUAUUUAUGUACAUUCUGUUGAAUUUACGUCCCUAUGGGAAUAACAAUGACUUAUUUAAUUAUGUAUGCAUAAUUGUUUGACAUUGUGAUGAUAUGUCUGUCUGUCUCUCUCUUUAAUUUAUAUUUUUCUUAUCUGACAUUAUUUGUGUUUGUUGGUAUGUAUUGAAAGAGUGGAAAACAUUCAAAUAAAUUUGUAAUCUCA